UAGGGAGCCGGUCCCGCGGCGCGAGGGCCGGAGCGGCGGCUCUCAGGGCACCUCUUCUGGGGCCGCGGGGUAGGCCGGGGCCGGACCGCUCCGCUCCGUCGGGCGUGGCCGUCCCGGGGGCUGCUCCCAGCCCGGCGGGCCGUUGGAGCGUGGGGAAGGUAACUGCUGCUGUCAGAUCCCUCGGGUCUGCAGAAGGGCUCUCUGAGGUCGCCGAGCCGGCUGCAUGAGAGCGCCCGGAGGAAAUGCCGGUGGGCAUGGCUCGGGGACUGGAGGAAAGCGGCUCGUCCUCGGAGGAGGAGGAGGAGGAAGAUGCUGGAGAUGGGCUGCAGGAUCAUCCAUGCAUCAGGUGGACUGGCGGCGGCUGCAGGCGGAUCCCCAUCUUCGUGUUUCAUGCUGAUGCCAUUCUGACAAAUGACAGCUACCUCCGCCUAAUUGGAGAGCGUUAUCACUUGUCCUAUAAGAUUGUACGAACAGACAGCCGCCUCGUCCGAAGCAUUCUGACCGCCCAUGGAUUCCAUGAGGUGCACCCUAGUAGCAGCGAUUAUAAUCUCAUGUGGACAGGAUCACACUUGAAGCCCUACUUGCUGCGUUCCCUUACAGAUAUUCAGAAAGUUAAUCAUUUCCCCAGGUCAUAUGAACUGACACGAAAGGACAGACUUUACAAGAAUGUCAGUCGUAUGCAGCUGUCCCAUGGAUUCAAGACGUUCCAUAUCUUACCUCAGACCUUUAUCCUCCCAGCAGAGUACCAGGAGUUCUGCAGUACCUAUUCUAAGGACAGAGGCCCAUGGAUAGUGAAGCCUGUGGCCUCUUCCAGGGGACGAGGUGUCUACCUGAUAAACAAUCCAAAUCAGAUUGUACUGGAAGACAACAUCCUGGUUUCUCGUUACAUCAGCAACCCCCUGCUCAUAGAUGAUUUCAAAUUUGAUGUGCGCCUGUAUGUUCUGGUUACAUCCUAUGAUCCACUUGUCAUCUAUCUCUAUGAGGAAGGAUUGGCCAGGUUUGCAACUGUGAGGUAUGACCAGGCAUCUAAGAACAUUAAAAACCAGUUUAUGCAUUUGACCAACUACAGUGUCAACAAGAAGAGUGGAGAUUAUGUCAGCUGUGAUGAUCCUGAAGUGGAAGAUUAUGGAAAUAAGUGGAGCAUGAGCGCAAUGCUGAGGUACUUAAAACAAGAGGGGAGAGACACUGCAGCACUGAUGGCCAGUGUGGAGGACCUGAUUAUCAAGACUGUAGUUUCUGCUGAGCUGGCCAUUGCUACAGCUUGUAAAACUUUUCUUUCGCAUCGUGGCAGCUGCUUUGAGCUGUAUGGCUUUGAUGUCCUUAUUGAUGAUACUCUCAAGCCCUGGUUGUUGGAAGUGAACCUAUCCCCAUCAUUGGCCUGUGAUGCUCCUUUGGACCUCAAGAUCAAAGCAAGCAUGCUCUCAGAUAUGUUCACCCUUGUAGGCUUUGUAUGUCAGGAUCCAGGCCAGCGAUCAAGCCGGACUGUUUAUCAUUCAUCUGAAUCUGUCAGGAGAAAUCUCCACCAGAAGCUGCAGCGUCCUGUGUCUGCACAGUCCCAACCAACAAACACCAGGCCGCGUACCCGUCCUCUUUCUGCCAGUGAUGCUGAAAUGAAAAACUUGAUGUCCUCAGGCAGGGAAAAAGCAACAGGAAGGCAAGGCAGCUCUGUGCUGGGUCUCUCCAUGGAGGAGAUGAAAGUUCUUCGUCGAGUGAGAGAUGAGAAUGAACGGAGAGGAGGUUUCAUCCGGAUAUUCCCUACCCCAUUAACAUGGGACCUUUAUGGAUCCUUUUUAGAGUACAAGACAUCAAUGAACUACAUGCUGGCUACACGUCUGUUUCAGGACAGGGACAAGAUGAAAGGAGACUUCAUCACUGGAAGAUCUCGAGAAGAUCUUAAUGGGAGGCUGGAUAUGAAACUGGAAGCUGUAGACUCUCAUUCUCUCUUUUAUGAGAGAAAGCUUGUUUCACUGGAGUUACGGAAGCGCCGGAGAUAUCGUACUAAAGCUAGAGCAGCACAAACAAGAUCAUCAGGGACGUCACAACCAACAAAGCUGUCCCUCACAGACACAGAAGGUGAAGAGGAAGAGGAGGCGGCAGAUGAAGAUGAAGAGCAAGAUGGAACUCUUGGCUCUCUUUCGAACAGCCAGUUGAAAAGCAAGCCAAAGCUCUCUGACCUGGUGAAAACUGCUAGUAAGGAGAGGUUGACAGAAAAACUUGACAAGAAAACAAGAAAUGGAGGAGAGCCAUUUCUUGAAAAGACAGACUCAAAGUCUCAGUUUAACUUGCUGCAGAUUCUUCAAAAAAAUGGAAAUCUAAGCAAAGUGCAGGCUCGUAGGGCUUUCUCUGCCUAUCUACAGCAUGUUCAGCUGCGAUUGAUGAAGGAUGCUGGUGACCAGUACCAGAAUGCUGCCUGGGCUGCCAAAGAGGAUGAGCAAAUGGAGCUUGUGGUACACUUUCUGAAGCGAGCGGCCAGCAAUCUUCAGCAGUCCUUGAGGAUGCUGCUCCCCAGCCGUCACUUAGGACUAAGUGAUCGUCGUCGUAUCUUGGCUCACCAGCUGGGCGAGUUCAUAAGCUGUUAUAACAAGGAAACAGAGGAGAUGAUUCAGAAGCGAUCAAAAAAGAAACAGGAAGAGGAAGAGGAGGGAGUGAAUCCUGAAGGUUUUCAGAACUUUAUUACCAGAGCAAGUGAGAGAGAGUUGGAGGAAGUGUUGACAUUUUACACACAAAAAAAUAAGUCAGCAAGCGUCUUCCUAGGAACAAACUCUGGGACCGCAAAACCCAGGAACACCAGUAACCAGUCAGAGAAUCAACCUCAGGGGGACCAUCCCAAGGUGAUGAAAAAAAUAAAAGGUGAUCAACCCAAAAGUUCAGUUGCAGAUCUGCCUGUAGAAGGAAGAGUAAGAGGCUGUAAACCCAAAGAAGUGAAAUCAACCUUUCCAGAAAGAUCCACCUUCUCUUUAAAUGCUGAAGUGAAAUUACCUCGGUGCUGCCCUCCUAGUGCUUCUUCCUCUGCUUCUGGUGCCACGUUCCGGAGAAGUACCAGUUCCCAGUUACCAUCUCAGCCUGCAGCCUCUGGAAAUCCACAGGUGGCUGGUCACUGUUCAUUGCCGACUCCUCCAACUGGUCUAAAGCUAAUUCAUUCCUCAUCUUCCCUGCCUUCCUCCCAGAGCCAGAGCACAGCCACUGACUACUCUUCUGUCUUCACAAACCCAGUGUCCAGUGAGGCUUCUAGCCUUGCAGGGUUUCAUCGUUGUUCUGGUAGCUACACCAUUGGCCCACUCUCGUCUUUACAGAGAGCUGCACAGAUCUACAGUCAAAGAUUGUCCCGAUCAACCUCUGCAAAAGCGGGUUUGCGCCAUCGCAGUCCAAGUGGGCAGCGUGUGGGCUCUGUCACGAUGAACAAAGGUACAGAAGACGCUCCUUCCCUGAGCAAACGUUACAGCCCCAGUAUGGUAGCAGCAGAACUGCAGCAGCUGGCAGAAAAGCAAGCAGCUUGUCAGUAUUCCCCACCAAGCCACAUCAGUCUCCUUACACAGCAGUUAACGAGCUUGAACUUAGCAAGUGGAGCUGUAAACAAGGGGAACACAGCUGUGCCCCUGAGCUACCGAUCAGCGCUCAACAGAAAAGGGCCACUGUGGGCUGUUCAAUCAGACACUCUUACAGAUGACAGAAGAUGCAUCACUUCAGCAGUCAGGGCUCCAGAGAGUGAUCGUUUUGCCUGGGAGGGAGAGGUGGAGAACAGCAUCUACAGCAAGGUGACACGGAGUCCACUGGCACACCCCAACUAUCAGCUGAAUUUAGCCGUGCAGCAACUUCAGCAGCAAAAACUUCAGUCACGACAGCUAUUGGAGCAAAGCCAAGCCCGACACCAGGCUCUCUUUGCCAGCUACUCGCAAUCCAGCACCAGCCAUGUACCUAUGUCAGCUGGCUCUGGUGUCCGCAAGACAUCAAGUGCCACUUCUAGUAACCAGAAGGCAGCCAGUUUGCACAAAGUGAUGCCAUCCCAGUGUACGCCUUCUCAGCUGGUUCCAAAGCCUCCAGCAAGCCACAAACAGGCAGUGGUCAGAAAAACUGCAGCCCAGAGGAUUUCCAAGGUGACCUCCACUGAAAGGCAACUUAAUGGAUUGCAGAACAGCCUUCGCAGCGUUGCAUCCUGUGAACCAGGGUCAAAUUCCACAGCUUCUGCUUGCAGAGAAGGACUAGCAUUGAACACCAGGUGAGGAAUCCAGAGUCUUGCUUCAAAGUAUGGGGCAAAGGAAGAAGCAGCUGUGACUUCAGACCACUGCACUCCUACAACAUUCAGGGGAGAAUGAACAGGAGUCCCUGCUGCGAGGACAACCUACUGAGGAGAGUACCUGAACAUCUGUGGAAGCUGGAGAUGCAGCUGUAAGCUGAUGACUGCCUCUGAGAGCUUCUGCUCCUGAGUCUGGAGGUCCUUCCUUCCAACUCUUCCUGAUCACUAACUGUGAGAUCUUUUUUAUAAGACAGAGGUUCUCCAGCUGUCUGUAUUGUUCUUCCCAAGGUCCAAGUCUGAAUGUAAAGAUUCCUCAUUUGCUCAGCCAUUUCAGUCUGUCUUUGUCUGGUAACAGCCAGUAUUCUUUGCUGUCAUCACAGCAACCAGCAGCAGAGAAAAACAUUAGACCAUAUGAGUAGAGACAUCCUUACAGUUGCCAUCUUGAAUUUUGGCACAGAGCCACAGAAAUGCUCAGUUUGAAUAAAGUCAUUUUAUUUGUUUGUUUUGAUUAUAAUUUCAGUUAUUAAUUCACACCCCCCAAAAUAUUUGCUCUUGGACGGGAUUUUAAAUCUGUCUUUGUUUCACUGUUGGAUGCUUAUGUUUGUGUGGUUUAUUUUUGUAUUUUGAUUUCUGUUUGUUUGGGCUAUAUAAACUUUUUUAAUUGGCUGAUGGUUUCAGACCCAGGGUUGAACCCUAAGGCCCAAGUGGUUCCUAUCAGUUGCAGUAGUCGCUUGGUGAAGCACUCCAGUUAGAAUUUUCCUAAUGUUAUGAAAAUUAAUUUGCUUGUGUUAGAAAACAACAUCAGCAGCUGGAAAAUGUUUUGGAGAGAAGAUCCACCCAUGCUUAAAAUGAACAGGAAGCAGCUUCAGCUCUGGCUCUUCGCUGAUGCCAGGUUAAAGGAAAACUUGCUGUUUUCAUGGUAUUUUCCAGCUUUUCUCUUGUCAAACAGCAAGUAGUGUGACUGUGGUUCUCAAAGAGUACAUUAUUUCCUAUUGUUUGCAUCAGAGCCCUCAGAGAUUGCAUUUUAUGAGCCUGUUUGAUCUGUUUUCUUAUUCCACAGCUCCCCUGUCAUUUCUACACUGUAUAGAGAGAUCAUUCUCAUGUGUUGACAAAUUAGAUAAUGAUCAAUCCAAAAGGCUGACAAAAACAGUGUCAGAGAGGAGAAGUGUUUUCUCUUGGAAGAUUGUUUGUAUUCAUGUUCACUCUUGUGUUGCACAUAUUUCUUGUCAUUCAAGACCAGAUAAAUUGUAAAAAGAUUAAAUAAUUAUUUUCAUACCCUGUUAGCUUAACUAUCACUUGCUCCAGGCAUAAAUUCGUAGGACAGAACAUGCAUUUUUCUAUUUCUGUUCCAUUCACGCACGUGACAAAGAUCAAAUACUUCAUUUAUCCAAAAUGUUAUUUCAUUGGCUUAUGUUUCAGUUCCUAGGCAGUCGUGAUCCUGUUUGCUUUCCUUGCAUCUUUCAUCUGUGUUCUUCAAGUAUCACUGCAUCAUGUGUCCACUGCUUUUUCCACUAUCCUCUAUGAGCAAGAGUUCUGAAAAAUCUUGUGAUGUUACUUUCAGAUCAAGUCUCUUCUGUACUCUUCCAAUUACACUCAGAGAUCUCUGAGAUAGAUGUUUCUAAUGUUUCUACUAGUGUGUUACAUUGUUGACUCAUCAUCAGUGAAAAUUCAGACGCAGAAUUUCUUACUUCAAACUUCUGUGCAUCCCAAGCUGCUGUGGGCUUCAAGACCUUGGGUCUGUCUUCUGAUAGCUUACUCUGCUACGUUUGGUGUUGACUAUAACCUCCAGCUCUGUUUCAGAACUAUCUGAAGAGCAAUUUCCCUACAAGAUCUAGCUUCAGUAGAUAACUGAUUCCAUUCCUUGCUUCCUCCUAGGGAAUCCAAGUUAUCCUUAUUCCGCUGGGUAUAAUGCGCAGGACUGAGUAGCUGUAGCAUAUGCAUCCUUGUGGAAUUCUGAUUUCAUCUGGUUUUGUUAUCUAGUUUCUUCAUUCAGGGGGUUACAGCCACUACUGAACCUUUACAGUUUUGGAAGACAGAUACUUUAAUGCACAGCUAACUCAGGAAAGGUGAUUAUCUUCAGAGGAUCUUUAAUAGAAACAGCAUUCUGUAAUUGGUAAUUCUGGCAAAUUUGUGCUGACUUACUGUGAAAGUAGAUCAAUUUUUUGUCAGUUUUGCCAGUCUCCCACACACUGAUUUUCAGCUAAUGCUAUACUCGGUUAUAGCCAGCAUGUUUUCUGAGCUUCUUUGCUCUGCAUGUUAAACAUAGCCAACAAUACAUCUGUAACUGUGAUGAUGUAGUAGAAAUAUGAGACAUCUUGUCUCUAAGAUUUUUGAAAUGUCCUGAGAAAUGCAUGUUGCAGUAGGGGACCUUCCUUUGGAAGGGACUGGUUUUGUCAGCUUUAGGAGCAGUGAAGUCUUACAUCCUUUGUUCUUGAAAUUUUUUUCUUCUGCUUCCAACAAAUAAAAAAUCCAGAGAUAUCAAGACUUGUCCUCUACCUCAAGACAAACACCUAGAUUUUGAACUCCUGUUCAGCCUCUUGAUAUAUUAGGGCAGCCACAGCAUGAAAGGAAAUGGCAGUAUUACUUUGUUUUGUGCAUCUGCUGAUCUCAGCUCUGAGCACUACUGCUGUUACCUUAGGAGCACAUGUAAUAAUACAGUGGAGAAUCAGGAACAAAUCCUACUAUUCUAGCCUCUUACUUUCUCUGCUUCUGUGUAAUCUUCAGCCUGGUGCCCUUCUAUGUGUUUGUGCAUGCCAGAUACUGUGCGUCAAAUGUAACAUGCUUUUUUUUUGUCUCUUUGCAGGUCUGCUAUUUCCAUGUCUGUCAAAAACCUCUCUCAAAGUGCUUCAGUUGAGAAAUUCAGUAGAGUGGCAUAAAACUGGUUUUUUGGUUUUUUUUUUUUUUUGACAUCUUAGAGUGAAUGCGUUUUACAGGAAGUAUUUUCUUGUACAAGAGAGGAAAGGAGAAUGGCAAAACAUUUUGGCUUCAUAGUAGUUGAACAAGAGGGGAGUACAAUUAUAUGCAUACUUCUUAAGUGGAGCAUACUUUGUCUCUCUCUGCUUUUAUGACAUUAACUUUCCUAUGUUCACCAAUGAGUUUCAUUGAAAGUGCCCUUGUUUACUGUUAGAAAAUUGCCAGUACAAAGCCCACAGCAGUCAUUCAGCAACUCCUUCAGUGGUGAGACUGGAUAACGUUACCAAGGAAUCCUCUUCACUCCUACUUGGUAGUGUUUGCAUCACUUCUAAGUUAAGGAGUCUGUUUUAUGACAAACAGUCUGUCUUGUUUGUUUUGAACAGGUGCACACCAGAGUCCUGAAGGGUGAGGUAAUACAGAGUUCAUACAAGCAUUUUAUGCUGUGUUCAGGUGAUGAGCACACUACAACAUUAAGAGAGAGAUGUGAGAUUCCUUCCAAGAAACAUCUGACUUAAGGUUUACUUCAUUAAACUUCCAAGGACUUUUUCCCUGUCGUUUCUACAUUUGCUCCUCAUUGUAAUCCUCGGCUUACUAUUUGAGCCUGCAGGGGUUAUUGGGUGCUAUUUAAAUAGUUGGAUUGUUGUUGUUGUUGUUGCAAUAACUGGCUGAUUGAUCCUCUUCAUACAGUUUCCUUUCUGGGCACAUUAUUUCUGUGGAUCUGUCAUGUGUUUCUCCAAAAAGAAAUUUCUGAACUUUAUUUAAACGUGGGACUUGACCUGUUUUUCUUCUUUCUAGAACCUCAUGUUUCUAGAGCUAAGACGUUCUUGCUUAUGCUAAACAUCACAAGGAUCUUAUUUCUACAGAAUCAGAUCUGCCAGACAGUCCUUGAGAUUGGUUAUAACAAGAACACAAAACUUAGCAUUCAUAGUUUUCUUCAUGCAGAAACUGUUAAACUGGAAAAAAAGAUGAGUAAGUAGAAAUGUAAGGGAGAAGGUGAAAAGGAAAUUAUUGUUCCAGUCUUGCAUCAAAUGAAACUAGCAGAUAACAGAUUCAAAGCAAAGGGGGAGAGAACUGUUUUCUUUCACAGUAUGUAAAUUACCUGUGGAACUCCUUGUUACAAGACUUUGUGGAGACAAAAGCAUGUUUGUGGUUUGAAAAGGCAAGUAGACAAAUUCAUGGAAAAGAAAUCUAUUAAGGUAUAUUAAAUACUAAAACCAAAAAAUGAGCAGAAAGUUUCUAAGCCUUUUCAAGUGAUUGUUUGGGGGAAGUCUCAUGAUGGGCUUUUCCAAUUCUUAGCUUGUCUGUCAGGUAUAUGCUGCUGACUACUGUCACAAACAAGAGGUGGGCUAUAGAUGGUCUUGUAGUCUGACUUUGUAUGAGUGUUCUGUUUGGUCAGUUGCAGUACAGCCUAGUAGAGCACCCAAGGCAAAGCUGCCUUUCAUGGCAGUGGCAUGUUCCACCAGAAUUCGCUGUGGUGUUGGGCUCUCUAAGGAAAGUCUUAAUUGCUGACAUUUACCAAGAUUGUCCACACCUUCACGUGGACGAGCACUGUAUACAUCGCAGAAGCUUUCAAAAUAUUGAAGCUUUUACAGGUGCAUAUGAUCCACCUCUAGACCAAUCAAACACUUGUGAUUUUAGAGGAAAGUGGGUUGCAGUUUGGAAGUCAUCCAUAGUAUGAUAUGUGUGAAUGGUUAAUCAUUUAAAUAUGGAAAAAAAGUUACUUAUCACUAACAGAAGCUCUUACAUUAUCUUGUAUAAGCACACAUUCGCUUCUUGCCAUCUUUGUCUUCUAAAAUGCUUGAGUGCAAAGCACCUUCAGGGUGAAUGUGCACAGCCACAGCACAUCUUAAACAAUUACACUACCUGGUAGCUUUUCUUCUCACUUUAGAACCCAAAUGCCUUUUCCAGAAAAUGAGAUCAAGUUUCUCUGCUUCUUUAGAGAUGAGUAGUUAAGAAACACAAGCGGGUCAUCUCCAAACUUACUGGGUUCUGUGCAGUUUCACCACAGAGGACAAAGUCCACUGAAUGAAAGGUGACAAAUGAGGCACCAUGAGGAGUCUGCUCUGUCUGUUACCUUACCAAAAAAGGAUUUCAUUGGCCUUCAUUGAAAAUGAGUUUUCACUGCUGUUUUCAAUUUAAAGGAAAGAAUCACUGAUGACUGUGGACACCCUGGUGUGAAGUCUUUACCAGUGGUAUUCAGUGAAUCAUAAUCAUUCCCUAGAGAAAACAGUAUGCUUAGCAGGGCCUCUUCUCUAAAAGGCCCCGCCUGCAGUGCACACAAUGAACUUGAGAAAUCUUACAUUCUUUGAAAAGUAAUUGCUUCUUAUCUGACCUAUUAUUUAAAAAAAAAAAAAAAGUCUUAAGGAACAAAUCUGAUGCAGUUAAGAAUUACGGGGCAGUUCAGAAUCUAUUUUCAUCAUUUAUUUGGGACAGCUACAGGUGGUGUCAUCUCUAAAAGGAAUUUCAGCUCUGUAUGUGGCUUUUUGCCUAUAUGUUUUAAGUACUACCGUGUCAAAAUUCAUGAUUUUUUGAGUCAAAAGAUUGACUCAAAUUCAUGAGUCAAUCUUUGAAAAGUUGCUUUACUACCAAGUCCAAAUGUUUGGCUGUCAUUGCUCCAUCAUUCCACUGUAGAGAAAAACUACCUUUUUGUUCAUACUGGAGAAGAAAAAUGAGAAGGGAUUUUCCCCCACUAUUUCCAUUAAUUUCUAUGAUAGGUUCCACUAUGUAUUUUUUAAGAGUUUUUGCCUUAUUUAUGUGACCUUCUGAAAAUUAUGUGCUGUAUCAGAUAUGCCCGGUACAUCUGUGAUGUCUAUUCCAUUCUUCAAGGUAUGCAGAUGGACAACUGUAAAUCUACGAGGAGGGCAAAUGAGACUGUGGCCAUCUCAUUAGUGUCACUAAUUGCAGUUCUUAUGCUUCCAGCUGCGUGAUUCUUUCCCCAUUUAAAUCAGGGAUGUCUUCCCUCUGGAAAUCAUGUUAUUUCCACCAUUUCGAAUUCUAGAAAUUCAAUGUGGAAUACAUUUUGUCUAUGAUAUCAGCUGGGAAUUUUUUUUUCUUGUUCACAAAUGUUUUUUUCUUGUUCACUCAUCUCUCUCCAUAUGUUUGCUGAAAGUUCCUCUUGAAAAAAAGCUGAAAAUAAAGGUCGGUGACUCUUCCUGCCAAA